CGAUAAGUGUGGGCCGGGAGUGCGGGCUAAUCGACGAAUCGGAUUCCGUGAUCAAAGUGGAGGCCGAACUGUUCGAAUCAGUUAUGGGUAACCAAGCGUUGCGAGUAUUUUACGGUUACGUCAAACUCCCGGGUUUUAGCGAAAAGUUAAACAUGAAGUGGACGGGCGGUACGGAAAUAGACGAUACAUUAUUGCCUGUACAGGGGACCGAAAGUGGGCGCCACCAUUUAGCGUUAGAGGGCGAUGUGUAUGAACUUAUCCGACAAAAUGAUCGCAAGUUGUUGAACCAAGUCGUUCAUAAAGGAACGAUAUUUGCUAGAAUGUCACCCGAACUAAAACUGAGCCUGGUAGAAGUAUUACAACAACAGGGUCAUCAAGUUGGCAUGUGUGGGGAUGGUGCCAAUGAUUGCGGUGCUCUAAGGACUGCAAACGCCGGUAUAUCCCUAUCGGGCGACGAGGCAUCGGUGGCCUCACCCUUCGCCUAUCGCGACAAAAACAUAUCGUGCGUACCGACCCUUAUAAGUGAGGGUAGGGCUAACCUAUCGGCAACUAUCGGUGCUUUUAAAUACCAAGUUUGCUAUGGUUUUGUACUACUGGGUGCUGUACUCAUACUAUUUUGGGAGGGUAAUAAACCUUCCGAUGGGACCUACGUGUUUGUGGACAUUAUACUAAACAUAUUGCCACCGGUAGUGUUCGGGGCUACCCGUGCCUAUCCCAUGAUCGUCCGGCAACAGCCCACGGCUACUGUUCUCACAUUUUUGCCCCAACUCUCU